CUGGACUUGAGGCCAUCCAUGUGACUGUUAUAACUUUAAUCCAAGACGUCAACCUGAACAGCAUCAAGCGGAUACUUGAACACAAUUCACAAGGCGUAUCUUUGCCCUACAGUGUGAUAUCCAUUCCUGUCCCCUGCGAUCCAGCCAUGGAUCCUUCAGAGUGCUUUGACGACAUCCGUCAACACAUCGACUGGAUGGAACGCCUGAAUGCCAAUCGGCGCCGCAUCGAGAGCAAGAUCCGUCCUGCAGUGGCACCGGUCCUGGUCCAACAAAACCUAGCACUAGAUGGUGAUGAUCUGCCGGCACUGCCUCCACGCCUGCCAAGACCUGAGUAUGUCGUGACUGCCAAGCUGAUCAGCCCUGACCAGUCGGAGUUGCGAUUCUACGACGCAUGCGAGCAGGGCUUGAUGGAUCGAGUCGAUUCUUUUGUUCAAGAGGGCAACCCAAGUCAAGCCGUGCUCCAAUAUGGCUUGGAGCAAGCAUCCUUCGGAAACCAGCCCGUCGUUGCGCGCUAUCUUCUGGAACAAGGCGCCGUCCUACACGACAACGUCUUUCUCCGAUCUUGGAGCCACGCCCCCACGGUCUAUGGCAACAAGCCCAAGAAUGUGACCAUCUUCGACAGGGAUAGAGAAGACCCUCUGCCCCUGGUAAAGGUCUUACUUGACUUUGGCUGGCAUCCGAACCAACUUUGGAAUGGGCUUUACGCGGUUAACAACAUUGACAAAGUCCCACUCCUCGAGAGUCUUAGCAACAAACCCCUCCUCACUACCCUACUGUCGCAUGGGGCGGACCCCAAUCUCAGUCGAUUGAACGUCGGCAUCUACGACCGCAGACCCUUGGAUCGACGCUGCGGAAGAGUCCUCAACGCCGCCGUAGGCCAAGGGGAUCCCGAGCUAGUCGCCCUACUCUUGGCUCACGGUGCGCAGCCCUCAUACGCACACCCCCUACAUAGCCUCGUGCAAUGGAUGGGAUCCCGACAUGACGGGUUCUCUCCAGGCAAACCAUUUUCUCAAAGGCGCGCCAUGGCUGAAUACUUGCUCUCGGCGGAUGUGACUGGUGUCAACGACGUCAAGAAUGUCGAGUUCUUUGACAUUAUUCAUCGGCCCCCGAGACGUGAAGACAUGACGCCAUUUGCGUAUGCUUGUGCGGCGCAGGACCGGGAGUAUGCGGAGUGGUUAUUGGAGAAGGGGGCUGACCCGGACUUGGUGGAUGGCAGGGCCUUUCAACCCAUGUUCGGGUUGGAACCGUACAAUGGAAAAAGUGAUCCAGAGGUUGUGAGAAAGUGGAUGGAGAACUCGGGAACUCAUAAUCCGCAAUAAGGAGGUGUGUGGAUAGUAAUACUCAAUAUUUAACAACUUCAAAUAUUAUUAUUAUGUUUUCUCCAAAAGGCUAGGGUAGAAUAAAGAGAACGCCACGUCUGAC